CUCGGCUCUUGUUGAUCAUUGGUGAUACUUUGACGGAAACACGGAAGUCUCGAAAUUCCCAGCACAUCCGUCAGAUGACUGCCGUGACAUGGACGUCAGUUUAAUCGUGGCCUGAGUGGACUUUAAUCGUCCCAAGUCGUCCCACUUGUGGCAUUCGUGCCAUGGAGAGGUUGGAAGCCACAGCAGAGCUGCAGUCGCGGCUGUCUUCGCUUUCCUUCUCGUCUUUUCCCGGAACAACAUCCAAACAUUGCGGGAGCAACCUUAUGGACAGCCUCCAAAACACAGACCUCUCCAAGAACUUAAGCCAGCCCCAAAAACAAGCCGAUAUGGAUGCAUAUAAGCAGCAUGAAGAGGCUAAUGAUGAGGCCCCUGCUGAGCCCGCCUUAGGGGACCAGGGUGAGAAGAACAGUGCAAGGAGCUUUCCCCCGUCCACUGAGAUUAAAGCUGAGAUGCCACCUUUGAAACCCCCGUCAACAUGGACAUCGGCUGCCCUCAAAGACCUUAAGGCCAAACUGCGAACGGAGAAGGACAGCAUGGUGACUGUGUAUCGAGGAGAUAUCAUGACAGUGCACGUGCCCACUGUCCCUGAAGCCAAGAAGGUGUGCUGGGAGUUUGUCACGGACGGCUACGACAUCGGCUUUGGCAUCUAUUUUGAUUGGACUCCUGUCACGAGUCGUACUAUAACCGUGCACAUCAGUGAAUCAAGCGAUGAUGAGGAUGAAGAGGAGGAGCCCGAAGGCCCCGUCACCAAUGGCGAUGUGGAAAAAGGCUCCAAAGCACAAAGCAACUCAAACCUGGUGGAGAUUGUACCCGUGUUCCGUCAGGAUAGCCACUUGUCCGUCUACGGUGGCAGCCACGACUUUCCAGGCGAGGGCACUUACCUCUUCAAAUUUGACAACUCCUACUCUUUAUGGCGAAAUAAAACACUUUACUACAGAGUUUAUUACAGUGCCUAAAAUGUCAAAUCUUUAUUAUAAAAAUGUAUGAUUUAGAGAAUGACAUCAAUUACUGUUCAGAAUGCUAAAUUAUUUUUCAGUUUUGAUACACAGCUUACAUAUAGGCUUAUCUAUUUUUAUCACUCAGCUUAGGUUGCCGCACGUUCAAUUUGACAAAGGCUUUCAUAAGCGUCUGUGCCAUUCAAAUAGAAAACUGUGACACAUCGAUAUUGUAGCAGUGGUCAGGAAAGACCGACACAGCAUUUAUCUUACCUGCCAGCUGCUCUUCAAGUGCUCGAAUCACAUUAUUUACUCUUCUUUUAAUCACACCUCUAUUGAAGAUAUGUUAUAAUGUGUUAGCAGGGGACAAAUUAAGAAUGUACUAUACCAAGCGAUGACAGAUAGUCCAGUGUGUUGUUUAUGGCACAACUAAAGCCACUCCUUAUCAUGAAAAGCUCUUAUUAUGUAAUAUUGAUUCAAUAUUUACAUAUGCCUGGUAGCCCGCCUGUCUUCAAUUUGCUGUUUCAGAGGUUGACUAAAUGUAGUGAUGAAGGUCCCUGUGCUUGUAUGUUUUGUGUGUCAGUCGUGCUUUUGUUGAGUAGUUCAACAUUUUAUAAGAUUCCUAUUGUUUGCCGUACUGUAUCUUAAAUUAUGCUGUUAUAUGGAAUUUGUAUUCUACAAUAAAUAUAUUGUCUAUGUA